GAAGAUGAUGAUGAGGAAGAAGUUGUUACCACAGCAAGUUUACUCGGUAAACGACAAACAUACACUGCUCCAGUAGCAUUACUAAAUGACAUUCCACAGGGCCAAGACAUCGAUCCAUUUGCUGACACCAGGUCUAAGCCAAUCAUGCACAGAGAGGAUCAGUAUCGACAACAGCGGUUGCAUCGAACUAUUUCUCCAGAACGAAGUGAUCCAUUUGCCGAUGGAGGGAAAACACCGGACCCAAAACUGGCUCAGUAUCGAGAUGUGAUGAAACAUCAGAGUUUAAAUAAAGAAGAAAGAGAGAUUCGAACUAAAAUAACUGAAAAGAUGAAUUCAGGUGACAUGCAUGUCAAUGGAGCUUCUAAAGCGGCUCAGGCUGCAGCUAAAAAGCGCAGAUGGGAUGAGACCCCUACAGUCUCUGGCACAACACCGAAGAAAAGAAUGACCUGGGACCAAGCAGAAACACCAUCACAUACUCCUGGGUUAAAUAGAUGGGAGGAAACACCUGGUCGGCUUAAAGGGGGUGAAACUCCAGGGGCUGCUGUAACUCCUGGUCCCGGUACUCGAGCAUGGGCUGAAACCCCAGGUCACGCUACUCCUGGUGCAAUGACCCCAGGUCGUACACCAGCUGUUGGGCAAACUCCUGCAGGUGGUACUCCAAGCACCCGUAAAAACAGAUGGGAUGAAACACCAAAAACGGAGAGAGAAACACCCGGUCGUUCAAUGGGUUGGGCCGAGACACCAGGCAGAACAGAUCGUGCAGAAGAUAGUGUACGUGAUACUCCUGGUGCAAGUAAACGAAAAUCUAGAUGGGAUUUAACUCCUGCAGCGGCAACACCUGGUAAUCAAACACCGUCAGCCACUCCAGUCUUCACUCCUGGUGGGACUCCUUCUUCUUUCACUCCUAAGUCAGCCAUGGGAACCCCGAGUGGCACACCUUCGAUGUAUACUCCGUCUGGAGUUACUCCUGUUGGAGUAAAAGCAAUGGGUAUGGCUACACCAAGUGCAAACCAACUCAUGUCGAUGACACCAGAGCAGCUACAAGCAUGGAGGUGGGAGAGAGAAAUCGAUGAACGGAAUCGUCCUCUCACUGAUGAUGAACUUGACACAAUGUUUCCUGAGGGAUAUAAAGUUCUACCCCCACCCAGUGGAUAUAUGCCAAUCCGAACACCUGGUAGAAAAGUAACAGCAACUCCGACACCAAUGGGUGGAAGUACAGGGUUUCAUAUUCAAGUAGAGGAUAAAUCAAUGAAAGGCAUCACAGAUCAACCAAGCGGUAAUUUACCAUUUCUUAAACCGGAUGAUAUUCAAUAUUUCGAUAAGUUGCUUGUGGAAGUUGAUGAAGAGACAUUGUCUCCUGAAGAACAAAAAGAAAGAAAAAUAAUGAAGUUGUUGUUGAAAAUUAAGAAUGGAACUCCACCGAUGAGGAAGAGUGCUUUAAGACAGGUAACAGACAAAGCUCGAGAGUUUGGUGCAGGACCCCUGUUCAACCAGAUUCUACCUUUGCUAAUGUCUCCAACAUUAGAAGAUCAGGAGAGGCACUUACUGGUCAAGGUGAUUGAUCGAAUAUUGUAUAAACUCGAUGACUUGGUUCGACCUUAUGUUCAUAAGAUACUUGUAGUUAUUGAACCUUUACUGAUUGAUGAAGAUUAUUAUGCUCGUGUCGAAGGUAGAGAAAUCAUUUCAAACCUUGCAAAGGCAGCCGGUCUUGCAACUAUGAUUUCUGUCAUGAGACCUGAUAUUGACAAUAUGGAUGAAUAUGUGAGAAAUACAACAGCACGUGCAUUUGCUGUUGUAGCAUCAGCAUUGGGUAUUCCUUCAUUGUUGCCAUUUCUUAAAGCUGUUUGUCGAAGCAAGAAAUCUUGGCAGGCUCGUCAUACUGGUAUCAAAAUAACCCAGCAAAUAGCCAUCCUAAUGGGUUGUGCCAUUCUUCCUCAUCUUAAAAAUCUUGUUGAAACCAUUGAAUCUGGGUUGGAAGAUGAACAACAAAAGGUACGCACAAUUACUGCCCUCGCUUUGGCUGCUCUUGCCGAAGCAGCAACGCCGUAUGGUAUUGAAUCGUUUGAUAGUGUAUUGAAACCUUUAUGGAAGGGUAUACGAACACACAGAGGAAAGGGUCUUGCUGCUUUUUUGAAAGCGAUUGGUUACCUUAUCCCACUCAUGGAUGCUGAGUAUGCAAAUUACUACACAAGAGAAGUGAUGUUGAUUCUCAUCCGGGAAUUUCAAUCUCCAGAUGAAGAGAUGAAAAAAAUUGUGCUAAAGGUAGUAAAGCAGUGUUGCGCAACUGAUGGUGUUGAAUCUCCCUACAUUAAAGCAGAGAUUCUUCCGUCAUUUUUUAAGCAUUUCUGGCAACAUCGCAUGGCAUUAGAUCGAAGAAAUUACCGACAGCUUGUCGACACAACAGUUGAAAUUGCAAAUAAGGUUGGAGCUCAUGUUAUCGUGCAACGAAUUGUUGAUGAUUUGAAAGAUGAAAAUGAACAAUACAGGAAGAUGGUGAUGGAAACCAUUGAUAAGAUCUUGGCAAAUCAAGGAGCUGCAGAAAUUGAUCAUCGAUUAGAAGAACAACUUAUCGAUGGAAUACUUUAUGCUUUCCAAGAGCAAACUACAGAAGAUGUUGUUAUGUUGAAUGGAUUUGGAACUGUGGUUAAUACACUCGGAAAAAGAGUAAAGGCUUAUCUGCCCCAGAUCUGUGGUACUGUUCUGUGGAGGUUGAACAACAAAGCUGCGAAAGUUCGUCAGCAAGCUGCUGAUCUUAUUUCACGCAUCUCUGUUGUGAUGUUGGCUUGCCAGGAAGAGAAGUUGAUGGGUCACUUGGGUGUCGUGCUGUAUGAAUAUCUUGGUGAAGAAUAUCCAGAAGUAUUAGGCUCGAUUCUUGGGGCUCUUAAAUCUAUUGUAAAUGUUAUUGGCAUGCACAAGAUGACGCCUCCCAUCAAAGAUCUUUUACCACGGCUUACUCCAAUUCUUAAGAACAGACAUGAGAAAGUGCAAGAAAAUUGUAUUGACUUGGUUGGUCGUAUUGCUGACAGGGGAGCAGAGUAUGUUAGUGCGCGAGAGUGGAUGAGAAUUUGCUUUGAACUACUCGAGUUGCUAAAAGCCCACAAGAAAUCAAUUCGUCGUGCAGCGGUGAACACUUUUGGUUACAUCGCGAAAGCAAUCGGGCCACACGAUGUCCUCGCAACACUUCUAAACAACUUGAAAGUACAGGAACGACAGAAUCGUGUUUGUACAACUGUUGCCAUCGCUAUUGUAGCAGAAACCUGCUCUCCAUUCACAGUUUUACCUGCGCUAAUGAAUGAGUACAGGGUACCCGAGCUAAAUGUCCAGAAUGGGGUUCUUAAGGCGAUGUCAUUCCUGUUUGAAUACAUUGGUGAAAUGAGCAAAGAUUACAUCUAUGCUGUUGUUCCUCUCUUCGAAGACGCGUUGAUGGAGCGUGAUCUUGUUCAUCGACAGAUUGCAUCGUCUGCCAUCGGACACAUGGCUCUUGGUGUUUAUGGAUUUGGUUGUGAAGAUGCGCUGAACCAUCUACUUAACUAUGUGUGGCCAAACAUAUUUGAAACAUCUCCUCAUGUUAUUCAAGCGGUGAUGUCAGCUAUUGAUGGAAUUAGAUUAUCACUCGGCCCCAAUCGUUUGCUUCAAUAUUGCUUGCAAGGAUUGUUUCAUCCAGCACGAAAGGUUCGAGACGUUUAUUGGAAAAUAUACAACGGCAUCUACAUUGGAUCACAAGAUAGUCUUGUUCCAGCAUAUCCAAGAAUUUACAACGAUGACAAAAACCAAUACAUUCGUUAUGAACUUGACUAUAUUAUAUAGUCAAGUUCAAUUUGUAAAAAAAAAUGUACAAACAAAAUUCGUUUACUACCACACCAACCUAUCAAGUUCAAAAGUAUGGAUUAAAAUUAGGAAUCUCUUGCACAAAGUUGUCACCAUAGAAGUUUGUGCCUGAAAAUUUUGUAAAUGAUGUUUCAGCGUAUUUCUGAUAGUGAUAAAAAAAAUAAUUACCAUAUUUUAAACGUAAAAUAAUGUGAAAAUUGUUAAUUUGCAGCGCUGUUAUACCGGCAAUCGUAAAAAUGUGGCGGAAUAAACUGUAUAUACUCAAA